CUUUAUUGGCGCUGGGAUCGAUCUCGCGUUCCGGUUCCGUGCCUCUAAUAUUUGUUGACAGUAGGCUAACGGUGCCAUAAAGAAAAUGCAGGGUCCACCAGACAUUUUGAGGUUUGGUCUUCCACCCAUCCCAACAUUUCUCUGGCCUGCAAAGGACAUUAGCUGCACUGUGGUGCUCAGUUGUUUUCAGAAGACUACCUGCCAGAGGGAGCCAUUGUUCUGUGAUCGUAACUCCACCUACGAGGAAAUGUGGAAGUGUCUGUUUCCGGGGGAUGUGAACAGGAAUCAUUUGUUGAGCACACCGAGCGGCCUGCGUCGAAUAAUGGAAGACAACGGCAGUUUACUGAGUGCGCUGAGCAGUGCUUAUCAAAAUGAAUCGGCAACAAUCAUUCCAAACACAAGUACUCCCAUAGCAGACAGCAGGAAGGCGAUAUACGUCGCCGCCGCAUUCGUCAGCCUCUUCCUCGUCCUCGUCGCCGCCAUCGUCGUCGUCUUCGUCGUGCGUCACAAGCGAUUCCGCCGCGUGCUGCCGGUGGCCGACCCCGCGGCGCGAGCGGGAUGCGUCAACUACCUGAGUAACGAGAACGUGAAGGGGAAGCUGUGGAGGAUGAGGAGACCCGCAGCCUCCGUGUCCGCCAUCGGCCGCGGCGGCGCCAGCUUGAUGGACGAGAAGAGAGACCAAGCAAAGAUGGCCUCGGUAGCUGGGAAAAAGCAGCAGCUGCCGCCUAUAGAUUUUCACCAGGAGCAGUCGAAGCGUCACAAGCGAAAGAAGAAGAAAGUGCCAAAGUUGCGGCCAGCACAAAGUGAGGACUUGACUGGUGGUGAUUCUUUGCCGUCGCCAGCUGUAACCGGUUCAACUGUCAACAUGGCUUCACACAUGGAGGAUGGCUGAUUGCUUCAGAGCUAGGUCUAGUUACUAGUUAAUAUAUGAUUGAAUACAACCACCUGCACACGAUUAGGUUGUUGUGUUGAGUAAGUUCUAGCACGAGUAUUCCGCGCCCUGGGUUUUACAGUGCGCAGGCUUAUAAACAAGUAGUUUAUAGCUUGCACUUGUUUUAAUUAAUGGAUGAAAUAUGUACACACAAUGGAUACACUACACAGUAGUUAUAUACUACACUCGUCAUAUUGAGCUGGGCAAUUAAUACUCAAUUAAGAUUCUUAUUUCGUUAUGAUUUGUGCAGAGCAUGUGUACUAAGUCUAGCCAGUAAAUUAUGUCACUGCAGAUGAUAAAUUUGUUUUAAUACAGACAUUUUAUGGGAUUUAUUUACAGUUGUUUGUGUUAGUACAAUUUAUUUUCAGCAUUGUAUAGAAAAUACUUUGCAGGCAAUAGCAAAUAACUGAUCAAAACGUAUUUUAUACCUCAUAUUUAUGCAAUUUCAUGUGAUAUUCUGUACCCAUUCCAGAUUCUAGGUCGUCCUUGGCAUAAACAGAGAUACACUACUAAAAGUUUCAUUUCAUUAAAAUUCAUACAGUCUGGUUCUCGGCAGGUGAGUGUGAGCUCCCAGGUGAAACACCGUCAGCGCACAUUACUAUAACGUCUUACGACAUACAAGUAUCGCAUAUCCUCAGAAUUUAGUAGUUAUCGCUAUUGACAGUUCUAUAUAGCAGAUUAAAUUGUCAUUUGAGUUGAUUUUAAGUAUUACUCACACUUGCUUAUUUGGGCUUACAAUACAUUCUGAAAAUGUUACUCUGGGUAUGCCAACAGGAAUAACGUUUUCUUAGUAAUUGUAGUAGUAUUUGUAUAGUAUUAUAGUUAGUAUAGGUUAGCAAUCUAUUUUCUCUUUUGUAAAAUGUACAUAGUUAUAUCGAACCCAAGAUCUUAUGUAUCACCAGCUGCUAUGUUGGCCCAUUUAAAAUGAAGAAUUUAAAGUGAUUACGUCACCGUAAAUAGUAAAAGUAGGGAAAAUAUUUCCACUUUUUCAC